UAUGCAUUUGAAAGCGCAUGUAAAUAUUUUGCAUUUCUUGCAAAUUUGAAGUGCAGACAGUGUCGGUGAAGAGAUAGCUAUGCCCACAGGCACCUGCCGACAGCUAUGCCCACAGGCACCUGCAUCUGGUAACUUAUAUCCUACGUGAGAGGACUGGAACUGUUGUAACCUAGAUUUCGGCACCAAGUAUCAUGAUUGAUUUAUAGUAGAAAUGGAUCAGACAACUUCUGCAAGGGCCUCAUCUCGUGCCCAUAAAAGGAAAUCAAAUGGAGAGGAAGAGGAAGAAGUUGGAGGUUUCCGAAAACAAAUCCGCAAAUGUGAGCGUGCUGGAUGUCCGAGUAAAGCCCCGAUCUGUUUUGCUGGGGCCUCAGAGAAGUGUGCUGGUAAUGGCUACACCUCCAGAUGGUAUCAUGUAUCUGCAGGUGAACACUUCUGUAACGAGUGCUUUGAACAUUACUACAGAAGUCACAAGAGUGGGUACGAGACGUAUGCUACAUGGAAGCGGGUGUGGUGUACAUAUGGCCGCGGAGAUUCCAACAUCCACAUCUUCAUGUGUGACCAGAUCUUACCCUACUGGGUACAGUGCUCCCUCUGUGCCAAGUGGAGACAACUCUCCAGAGACGCCACAUUGCUACCAGAUUUUCUUCGUAAUUUUGUGUGUGGAAUGACAGUCUCUGGUGUAAAGAAGAUGAAUCAGGAAGAUGCCUGUAGUUAUCCUGAGGACCAGCGCGUGGACCUGACACGAGACUCGCCCUGGGUGAGCCUGUUGCGUUGUCUGUCCUACAUGAAGAGCUCCCCGGCGUGGCCUUUCCUUACCUCCUACAUACCCAACGGUGUCGGCAUGAGUCCCUUGGACACGGAAGUCUUCCAGGAAACUAAACCACCUGUGAUGUUACCCUACCUGAAUCCGUUCACUGAUGCAGACAGUACAACAGAGAUGGCUUGCAGAGUGCCUGCUGAUACGCUAGAGGAAGCUGAGCUUGACGAGUUCGUGGAUUUCUCUCAGACUCCAACCAUCUUCCUAGCCAUUAGAAACAUCUGUGUUACACUAUGGAAUUUAAAUAUUAAAGAAUGGUUGACGAAGGAGAAAGCGGCACCUUAUGUGAUAUGUCGCGGUGUUAACAGAAUCUAUUGUGUAGAAAAUUUGGACAAAAUCUUGUGGUAUCUUACCAGAAAAGGACUUAUUAACUUUGGUCUAGUCUCCGUUCCAAAGGGAUUACAGUUACCAAGUAUUCAAAAGCUACCUAAGAACUCGUCUGUGAUAAUUAUUGGAGCUGGUGCUGCGGGCUUGUCUGCUGCUCGUCAACUCAGGAACUAUGGAGUCCAGGUUACUGUAUUGGAGGCCCGUGACCGCCUAGGGGGCCGUGUAUGUGACGACCACACAUUAGGAAGCUGUGUGGGCCGAGGGGCACAGGUGGUGGCAGGUUGUGUGUGUAAUCCUAUUACAGUCAUGUGUCAUCAGGCUGGCUUAGGUAUGAAGGAGAUCGGGGAGGGUUGUGACAUCAUCAGUGAGACCGGACAGACAAUCCCUAAUGAGAUUGACCGACGAAUGGACUUUCACUUCAAUGCUCUGCUGGACAUCAUUGCAGAAUGGCGGAGAAACAAGGAAGCUGAUCAAGAUGUCAAUCUGUUAGACAAAGUGAAGGAAAUGCACCAGCAGUUUAAAGAGGAAUCCCAGCUAACUUUCACAGAGGAGGAAGAAAACUUGCUGAACUUCCACAUAGGAAACCUUGAGUAUGCGUGUGGAUCAAGUUUACAGCAUGUGUCCGCCCUCAGCUGGGACCAAAACGAGGAGUAUCCACAGUUUUCUGGACCCAACCUUCUACUCACCCAGGGAUACUCCGCUCUCCUACACAAACUGGCUGAUGGCACAGAGAUUGUCUAUGAUACAGUGGUAUCGGAGGUGGAAUACAGUGGUAAGAAGGUGUCUGUCCGGUCGAAGGCAGGGAAAAUCUGGGAGGCAGACAAGGUGCUAGUGACAUUACCGCUGGCUCUCCUUAAGGAUGAGACCGUCACAUUCACUCCCAAGCUGUCUGACAAGAAAAGGCAGGCAAUGAAAAGCCUGGGGGUGGGCCACGUGGAGAAAGUCAUCCUACAGUUUAACCGCAAGUUCUGGAAGGAUCAUGGAUCUGAUGUGUUUGGUCAUGUGAAGCUAGGAUCAUCCAGUUGUAGGAUGUUAAAUGUGUUCUAUGAUAUCUCACCUUCUGACGAGAAGUGUGGCCGGUUCAUCCUAAAGACCCACAUCUCUGGAGACUCUGUCUGUCACCUACGGGACAAAUCUGACAAAGACGUGGUUGCUAUGUGUAUGUCUACACUUAGGACUAUGUUCCCUAAACAGGUGGUGCCAGAUCCUAGUAAGUUCAUAGUGACACAUUGGCAUGCUGAUCCAUUUUCUAAAAUGGCCUACAGUUUCAUCCCGAGAGGAAGUUGUGGUGAUGACUAUGACCUGCUGGCACAGGAAGUCAUGGAUAAAGUCUUUUUCGCAGGGGAGGCCACAAACAGGAAAUACCCACAGUCAGUGACGGGAGCCUUCCUCAGCGGUAUAAGGGAGGCUGAGAAAAUAUACAACUCUCUUGGGACUGUAACACAGUGAUGUUAGUUCUGAGAGCAUACCUGAUGCCACACAAUAAAUGGACUGUAAAGCUAUUGACAGCACAGCGAAUGCUACUGUAAAGCUAUUGACAGCACAGCUGAUGCUACUGUAAAGCUAUCGACAGCACAGCUGAUGCUACUGUAAAGCUAUUGACGGUGUAACCAACUAUAGUGCCACUCAGUAGUUUAAGGACAGUAUAAAGACAAGGGAUGACAAGGACACCCUUUGUUGCCAUACUCUGCUCUAUGAACAAAGCCUGGUCACAGAUUUCACAGGACAACAGCCAUACCUGGAACAACUCCUCAUACAUCAAAGGCCAAACUCCGAGGAAUAGCUCCAUUCAAAUAGGGCAUCCUUUCAGAAGACAUUGUUUGGACAUCAUAUUUUGUUGGGGGAGAAAUCUCGCCCGUUAUCCAUUUUGCACCCUCUUUCAAAGACAAUGACAUCUUCUGAUGGACUCGGUUGUCUACAGGGAAUGGAAAUUGAGAUCUGGUUGUCUGAUAUUGAAGUCCAGUGCUGUGUGACUACUUAUUGAGGGCUGACUACCCUGAUACGAUAGUGUACGGUACACAUGUUAGCCACAGUUGGUUAACAGUCAGUAUUGUAUAUUUGAACAGAUCGAAUCCUGUGGUGUUAUUGCUGUAACUGGUACUCCCAGGGUUUGGACAGUUUGGCAAUGUAGAAGGGCAUGAACUGAAAAAGACCUUGUUGAUUGUCUUUGUAACCUAAUGUAACCUAUGGCUAUAUAUUGUAGUAGCUUGUUAAAGCAAACUGCCGGUUCAUCUUCUGCUCUACUCAGCUAUAUCAAGUUUGUCACAAACAAAAUCAUUUCUCAGGUAUAAAUAUCUUUUAUUUAAUAUAUAGAUUUAAAUCGGGGCUUUCAGUUGACCCUUGAGAGUAUGUUUUUGACUCCCAAAAAAGGAGCUUUGACGAUUAGGUUUUAAAGGACAGAUCUCUUUGACAAAUAUGUUUCGACUUAAUUCAGGAAAAGUUUAUUUGACAUCUGAAAUUGCUGAAUGUUGAGGGUCAACUGAAAACCCAAUAACUCCAUGUCAUGUUUCUAGCUGACUUAGUCUGAAGGACGAGUGAGUUCAUGCCGUGGUGCAGGGCCUGUUCGUCAUUCAUUAGCAAUUUUUUUUUGUCUGUGGGAAAUCUUAGACUUCAGGAAAUUUCAUGAGUUGUUUUAUACAAGUAGGGCCUGAAGUCCUAUUUGACCGGUAGCUAUCUACAAGUGGGGCCUGAAGUCCUAUUUGACCGGUAGCUAUCUACAAGUGGGGCCUGAAGUCCUAUUUGACCGGUAGCUAUCUACAAGUGGGGCCUGAAGUCCUAUUUGACCGGUAGCUAUCUACAAGUGGGGCCUGAAGUCCUAUUUGACCGGUAGCUAUCUACAAGUGGGGCCUGAAGUCCUAUUUGACCGGUAGCUAUCUACAAGUGGGGCCUGAAGUCCUAUUUGACCGGUAGCUAUCUACAAGUGGGGCCUGAAGUCCUAUUUGACCGGUAGCUAUCUACAAGUGGGGCCUGAAGUCCUAUUUGACCGGUAGCUAUCUACAAGUGGGGCCUGAAGUCCUAUUUGACCGGUAGCUAUCUGGGAGACAUACAUGGGCUUUUUCUGGAGUCUCCGAUUUUAACAAGGAAAUCACCAAACUUUGAUCUGACUAUCUUACUUAAAUUCCAUCACCUCAUUGUCACUUAAAAUUUGUUUUCUAAUUUUACUAAUCAAUUUGAUAUCAAGCAAACAUAUUGUUUAAUUAUGAUUAGUGCUGUUAUAUUUGUAACUAUGAUUAGUGCCGUUAUAUUUGUUGAAUAAUUAUGUAGGUAUUGUUAUAUCUGUCUAAUUCAUUGAAAAACUGCCCCGUUGUUUUGUUAAGUUUGAUUGUUAUAUACAUGAUUUAAAUAUAUGUGUGGUGUUUUGAUCCUGCGCUUUUUGAGGAAAACAAGAGAUAUGGGCCCAUCUGUCUGUUAGUCUGAAAUGUUUAAAUUUUCAUGCCAUAACUGCCCUAAAAGUUUGUCUGAUUCAAUCAACAAAAUUUAAUUUAUAUGCACAGACAUUUCAACAAUUAUGUGGCUGAGUCCAUAUUUACACACAACUAAUAACACUUGAGGAGGCACGGUAGUCCAGUGGUAGGACGCCGGGCUCGUGACUGAAGGGUUGCAGGUUCGCCCCACGGCA